UCAUGGGCUUCCAUGUGCUGGCAAUGGCAGCAGGCAGCAGGGCCCAUCAACCGUGUGCCGCUUGUAGGAUGCUCCGCCGGAAAUGUGACAACAAUUGCUUGCUUGCGCCUUACUUUCCCGGUGAUGAUGUGGAGAAGUUUGCCGGUGUGCAUAGAGUGUUUGGUGCCAGCAAUGUUGCUAAAAUGAUACAGACGGUGGAGGAGGCAAAGAGGGAGGAUGCUGUGAAGGCAAUAGUCUAUGAAGCAACAGCAAGGCUCAGAGACCCUGUUUAUGGGAGUGUUGGAGCCAUUUUCCAUUUGCAAAAGAUGGUUGAGGAACUCAAAGUGCAAUUGGAUUCUAUCAGGGCUCAAGUUUCGGAUUCGCAGAAACAAAAAGAUCAGCUGUUGGACAUUCUUAUGAAUAUUCAUCACCUUGAUCUUGUCUCUCCCAUCAAUGAUCCUCUCCUUGAUCGUGACAGUUUCACCUUGGAUGCUGAAACCAUGGCAUAUGAUCCUCUUCAAUUUCCUGUAGAAUGUGAUUGGAUUUUAUAGUGGGUUAGCUGACAGAUGAAGUACAAAUAUCAAAUUGAUGUAUUAUUAGAUCAUCUUUAGGAUAAACGAUUUAUUUUCCAUGAUUAAUAUAUUAUCUGCUGUA